AUGACCAAUGGUUGGAAGGAGGGAGUCUUGAUGUCAGUAUAUAGAUGUAAAGGAAGAUUCACAAAGCAAGCUUCAUAUUUAUUUCUCAUAUUAGAAGAAAUAAAGAAAGAAUCAUCAUUGAGAGAGCAUUUAAUGCAUGGUAACAAUAAAGUUUUAAAACAGAAUGGGAAUUUAAAUGUCAACUAUAGCAAA